GGGAGGGCAGGUGGACGGCGUUACCCUGCUCGGCACUCGGGCUGGGCUGGGCUGGGCUGUGGCGGCUGACAGCCAGGCAAAACCAUGUUCUCAAUGCUGAGGUGCCGCUGCAGCCACACAAUGCUGGCGGGCAAAUUGCGGGCCGCUGCCGCCGCCCGGUGCAGGGUACGGGUCUCCAGCAGGAGUUUGCAGGAGGACCGGAGGCAGAACAAGUUCAGGGAGACGGUGCUGCUGCCUCGCACCGACUUCCCCAUGAGGCUGAGCGGGAGAGAGCUACCGGAGAAGGAGCUGCAGAUCCAGCGGGAAUGUGGAUUUUCAGAGCUAUAUGCUUGGCAAAGAAAUAGAAAAGGAAAGGAUUUUUGUGUCCAUGAUGGACCACCUUAUGCUAAUGGGGAUCCUCAUGUUGGUCAUGCCUUAAAUAAAAUACUAAAGGAUAUCACUAAUAGAUUUCAUAUGAUGAGAGGUUAUAAAGUUCAUUUUGUACCAGGAUGGGAUUGUCACGGGUUACCUAUUGAGCUCAAAGCGUUGGCCGAAUGUGGUGAACAAGCCAAAGCACUCUCUCCUAUUGAGAUCAGGCAAAAAGCCAGAGAAUUUGCAGAAAGAACAAUUGAACGCCAACGUGCGGCAUUCAUCCGAUGGGGUGUGAUGGCAGAUUGGGACAAUUGUUAUUACACUUUUGACAAGCAAUAUGAAGCCAAGCAAUUAGAAAUUUUCCACCAAAUGUUUGACAAGGGCUUUGUUUAUCGAGACUAUAAACCUGUAUUCUGGUCACCUUCCACAAGGACAGCUUUGGCCGAAGCUGAGCUUGAAUACAAUCAACAGCAUGUUAGCCGAUCAGUGUAUGUCAAGUUUCCUCUCUUAAAUACUCCUUCCAAAUUGACUUCUGCAACAGAGAAUGCAUCCUCUGUUUCUGCACUGAUAUGGACAACCCAACCUUGGACCAUACCAGCCAACCAGGCAGUUUGUUACAUGCCAAAUGCCCAGUACUCGCUAGUGAAGUGCUUAAACACAGAAGAGCUCUACCUUUUGGGUACAGAAUGUAUAGACUCCAUGGCAGCUACUCUGGGAACACAGUUUGAAAUUGUUCAGAUGGUCAAAGGUUCUGAUUUAGUGGAUGGAGUUUGUAACCACCCCACAAUUCCAGGAAGACAGUCUCGACUUUUGCCUGCUAACCAUGUGACAAUGCAGAAAGGCACAGGAUUGGUCCACACAGCUCCAGCUCAUGGAAUGGACGAUUAUAGUGUGGCUUCGCAACAUGAACUCUCUGUUGACAGUUUAGUGGAUGAAGAUGGUGUUUUCACUGAAGCAGCUGGAUCAGAACUUCAGAAUAAAUUUGUCCUCAAAGAAGGAAAUGAAACAGUUAUCCAAAUGUUGCAGGGAUCAAAAAUGUUAUUAAAGGAGGAAGAUGUACAACACAGUUACCCGUAUGACUGGCGGACAAAGAAGCCAGUGAUUAUCCGUUCCAGUAAACAAUGGUUCAUAGAUACCGGAAGAAUUAAGGACCGAGCCCAGGAGUUACUGAAGAAGGUUGAAGUGCUUCCACGAUCAGCUAUGAAUAGCAUGCUUGCCAUGUUGGAUAGGCGAACCUAUUGGUGCAUUUCGAGGCAGAGGAGCUGGGGCGUUCCCAUUCCAGUUUUCUACCACAAAGAAACUGCAGAACCACUCAUUAACAAAUAUACAAGGGAUCACCUCGUCAAACUGGUAAAAGAAUAUGGUACAGAUUGUUGGUGGACUCUACCUUUGGAUCAACUCUUGACAAAGGAAAUUUUAAAAAAGAGUGGAGGCUCUGAUGUGUCAAGCUAUAUCAAGGGAGAAGAUAUCCUGGAUAUUUGGUUUGAUAGUGGCAUCUCAUGGGCAAAUGUGUUGGAAGAUAUGGAUAAUGUUGCCGAUGUGUACCUUGAGGGAAAGGAUCAGCUGGGUGGUUGGUUUCAGUCGUCUCUGCUUACCAGUGCGGUAGUGCAAAAGCAGGCUCCAUAUAGAAAACUAAUUAUCCAUGGAUUUACCCUCAAUGAAACUGGUGAGAAGAUGUCUAAAUCGUUGGGAAAUGUGGUGGAUCCUGAUGUUGUUAUUAAUGGAGGCCAGGAUCUAACCCAAGACCCACCCUAUGGAGCAGAUAUACUUCGCUGGUGGGUGGCAGAAUCCAAUGUCUUUACAGAGGUGUUAAUCGGACAAAAUGUAUUGCAAGCAGCAAGGGAUGAUGUAUUUAAGUUGCGGAACACAUUACGAUUUAUGCUGGGGAAUCUUUAUAAUUUCAAUUCUGAGGUUGAUGGAGUUUCAAAUGAUCAAAUGCUCCUAGUGGAUCAGUAUAUGCUUCAUCUCCUGCAAGAUUAUGGUAUCAAGGUUACGGAGGCUUACACGGAGUAUGAUUUUGGAAAAGUUAUUCGCCUUAUGCUAGCAUUUAUUAACAGAGAACUUUCAAACUUCUACUUCAGUGUCAUCAAAGAUCGAUUGUACUGUGAAGAUGAAAAGCAUCCCAAGCGUCGAUCAUGUCAGACAGUAUUAAGUGAAGCAUUAGAUGUAAUCACUCAUUCUGUAGCCCCAAUUCUGCCUCACCUUGCAGAGGAAAUAUUCCAGUAUCAAUCAAACACAAAAGAGCCUUUGAGUGUGUUUCGCACUGGCUGGAUAAAGACCAGUUCUGUUUGGAAGAAGCCAGGUAUAGUGGAGGCUAUUGAAGGUGCUUGUGCAAUGAGAGAGAGCUUCUUGAGGUCUAUACCUGGCAAAAAUACAUUAGAGUUUGAUGUCACCAUUGUCAUAGAGCCCAGUCUACUGCUAGAGUUGAUGGAGCAAUUACAGAGUGAGAAAACAUCCAGUACUUCAGAACUGAAUGAAUUAGUGAUGGCAUCAAGCACAACAUUACUUACAAGUAUUCCUCGUGACUUGCCUGCAGCAAGGGAUCUGAUUGAAGGAAAAUUUGUAAUCAAUUUGGAAGGUGGCGAUAUUAUUGAGGAAUCACCAUAUGUUGUCAUUGUUCAGCCUGCUGCCAAACAGAAAUGUCCUCGUUGUAAAAAAUACACAUCAGAUUCUGCACUGGCUCCUUGCCCACGUUGUUUGGAAGUCAUUGCGGGGAAGUGGAGCACGUAAUUUGUAUUCC